AUGUCUUCUAGCGAAGUGGAAGAUAUUUAUGGGACUGAAUCCCCAGUAGUUAAUACAAAUGAAGACAUUCCAAAAGAUAGUGUUGAUGAACAAAAUGAACACGUAAAUGCAAUUGAAAAUAUCGUAGGAAAAGAAGAAGAAAACAGUGAACAAGAAAUUGUAAAAGAAGAGCAAGAACAACAACUAGCUCAAGAGCAACAAGAACAACAGCAAGAACAACAGCAAGAACAACAGCAAGAACAACAACAAGAACAACAACAAGAACAACAACAAGAACAGGAAAGUACAGAAGUGGAAGAACACACCCACUUACAACCUGAAGAAUCUAUUCAACUUGAAACUGAAAACCCAAUUCAAGAAGUUGAAACCGUCAAGGAAGAAGAAACUCAAGUAAAGUCUGAAUCCAUCACAAAUUCCCAGUCUGGAUCGGAAUCUGAUGCUGAAUCCGAGUCUGAAUCAAACGCUGAAUCUGAAUUACUAGAUCAAGAUCAAAACCAAGGUCAAAAUCAAGUAAAAGAAGAGUAUUCUGCUAGCACACCAAGUUAUUCAAAAGAUACAUCAACCUCAGAAUCAGAAAACACUAACAGAGAUAUUUCUACAGAACCUUCAACAAAAGAUGAAAAUAUAGAUUACAACUUGUUACAUAAGCAAGCAAAAUAUAUCAUGGAAAGUAAUAUGCUAAAUUUACAAUCUUUUAAAGACUUAUCCCAUGAAGAAAAGUUAACCGCAAUUUUAAAUCUUAUAAACUCAAAUCCAGCAAUUUCUUUACUACCUACAUCUUCGACAGUAUCUCAACCAACGUCUAAUCAAUCUUCUAAUGAAACCAUUAAUCAUCACCAACAGCAACAGCAACAACCAGUCAAAGCUGAACUUGAAAAUAAAAAUACUCGUCAAAGACCAGACUUAUCAAAACCAAUGAACUUAGAAGAACGCGAAAGAUAUGCUAUAUAUCUUCGUGGUGAAAAUAAAAUUACUGAAAUGCAUAAUAUUCCUCCAAAAUCUAGAUUAUUCAUUGGUAAUUUACCUCUGAAAAACGUCUCAAAAGAAGAUUUAUUUAGAAUAUUCUCUCCUUUCGGUCAUAUCUUACAAAUUAAUAUUAAAAACGCAUUCGGUUUCAUUCAAUAUGAUAAUUCUCAAAGUGUCUUGGCUGCCAUUGACUCUGAAUCAAAUGAAAUCAACUUUGGUAAAAAAUUAAUCUUGGAAGUUUCAAGUUCAAAUAGUAGACCUCAAUUUGAUCAUGGUGACCACGGUACCAACAGUAGUUCAACUUUCAUAUCUACUUCAAAACGUCCAUUCCAAACUGAUGACGACGACAUGGAUGUUUAUAAUGAAUAUGGCUUCAAAAAAUCGAAAAGACGUGUACCAGCUUGUGUUAUUUAUGUCAAAAGAACUGCAGACAGAACUUAUGCCAACGAUGUCUUUAAUCAAUUCAAACACGGUACUGGUUUAGAAACGGAUAUGAUCUUCUUGAAGCCACGUAUGGAAUUAAGGAGAAUGAUCAACGAUGUUGCAUAUGAAGGUGUUUGGGGUGUUGUCUUAGUUAAUAAAACAAGAAAUGUCGAUGUGCAAACUUUUUACAAAGGUCCACAAGGUGAAACUAAGUUUGAUGAAUAUAUUAGUAUAUCUAGUGACGAUGCAGUUGCAAUCUUCAACAAUUUGAAAAAUAUGAGACAUGGCGGCCAGAUGGCAGGUGGUUCUCAGUUUGGUCAUCCUGCUCCUAUGCAUGUCCCAAUGCAACAACAACCACAACCACAACCACAGCCACAACCACAGCCACAACAACAACCAUAUCCUCAACAAUCAUAUGGUAUGCCACCACAAAAUCAAGGUUAUGGAUCUUCUCAAAUGGCAUAUGGUCAACCACCUCCACCUCCUCAUCAACAAUAUGGUGUGCCACCUCAAACUCAAGGGUACGGUGUACCACCUCCACAACAACCACCAAUGCAACAACCACCAAUGCAACAACAAAGUUAUGGCCGUUAUCAAGGAUCUCCGGUUUCUGUGCAACAACAACAACCUCCUAUGCAAGCACAAAAUUCUCAAAUAUCUUCUGUAUUGGGUAGUAAUUAUGGCCAAAUGGAUCAAAAUCAAUUGUUAUCUGCUAUCCAGAACUUACCAUCAAAUGUCGUUUCUAAUCUAUUGUCCAUGGCUCAACAACAGCAACAGCAACCACAUGGUCAACAACAAAAUCAACAAAACCAGCAGUUAGUUGGCUUGAUUCAGUCAAUGCAAAAUAACCAACAAUCAGCACCACCAUCUCAAUCACAAAGCUAUCCAUCUAAUGACCAGGGUGCUAGUCAAGCAGGCUACCCUCCUCAACGUUCUCCUCAUACUAACAAUCAACCGCUAAAUCAAGCUUCCCAAGCACCACCACCUCCACAACAACAAGAAGAAACUCCAGUUGCCAAUAAUGUUCAAAGUUUAUUGAACAGUUUGGCUAAAUUACAAAAGUGA